AAAAUCUACGAUGGCACAAAAAGUGGUAUACGACAAGGAUUUCAUACACAUUACGGCGGAUCAAGACGAAUUCAUCGAACUUAAUCAGAAUUUAAUGGAGCUCAAGGAUGAGGAGAGCUCAUCUGAGGAUGAGAAGAGCAACGACGCUUUGGUAAUCGAAGAGGAUGAGCCUUCAGUUCAGGAUUCCAAUGGGACCCAAGGAGACUUCGCCGUUUUGAUGGCGGCCAUUGAGACUUGCACAGCACAAGAAGGAGAUCCAUCCGGUGACUCUUGUUCCCCACAAAUCGAAUCUGCAGUUCACAAUCGGGAAGAUGUCCCAGUUGCACAGGCAAAUGGAUUGUUUGCACAACACGUUGACAAUUUGGAGCUAAGCGCUCACGUCCAAACCAUCCUCAGUCCUGAAUCUGUUGAAUAUAAUGAAGAAGUGUCUCAAGUUUCUCGGCUAAUCCACUUCCCCAGACAGGACAUUGUCUUCCAGGCCUACUCGCCACCUUCGGUACCCGGCGUGCGGACGAGCCAUGGCGAUCGUUGCAACCACACCCUGCCGGAUUUAUUCUGGUUGGAUAUGACCGAGGUGGCCUGCACCCUGCUGAAUUCGGCGGCUGCGCAACUGGAACCCCCUGUCCACGUAGACGAGGAAACGGUGCGAUGCAUUGCCCAGGGUCUGUACACGGCCAUGGACUUUACGACCGAGAUGGAAUCUCCCCUGAUCGGACGCAGGGGCAUCGGCCGCCUGGUGGCUGCCAUAAUCCUGGACAGGCAGACGGGGAUCCUUUUGGCGUACGCUGUGGCCCAAUUGGUGCCCCAGGCUCUGAUCGACGGCAGCACUGGGAAUGUGGUGGGCAUGAUGCUCCAUCAGGUAACUCGCGGAUUCGGCAUCAACGACAACUGCCGCAGAAUCAUCACCGAAAAUACUGGAUCAGUACUCUUGGUGGUCAACCAAAUUCCAAAUUAAAAUUUUAAGCAUCCUCUUUAAGGAAUUUUUAACAUGAAAACAAAUACGGCUUA